AUGGAGAUCGCCCGGUUGCAGUUCGAUUGGGCCCUGAUCACGGCUAUGAUAGAGCGAUGGCGACCGGAGACGCACACGUUUCAUCUACACAUCGGUGAGGCUACUAUCACGCUAAAGGACGUGGAGGUUCUUUACGGGUUGCCUAUUGAUGGUAUACAUAGGCUCGCCGGUUUCCAGCCUGUGAAGCCGACUGCGUUGAGUGGUGCCAGUCGAUUGCAGCUGACGCCCGUUAGGCAGCAUCAGGUAGCGCUGCACGAGGAGAUUACUGAUGACUCACCGCCAGAGGAUAUCAACAGCUUGCAAUUUCUACAUCAUCUGGAGUGGCUAAAUGAUUUACCUGGUUACAACUGGGGUGGAGCUGUUAUAGCUUACCUUUAUAGGCAGUUGUGUCGGUCGUCCAUGGGCACCGUACGAGAUAUUGUCGGUUUUAUACCGCUGCUGCAGGUUUGGACCUGGGAGGAGUUCCUACAGUUCCAGCCACCUCUGCCACCGCUAGCUCCAGAUGCACCACCUCUACCGUUUCUUCCACUAGCUAGGAGGUGGGUAGAUUGGCGAGGCCACGCCCGCGAGGUCGAGGCUCGACAUCAUCUCCCUUAUUACAGGGAUUUGUUGGAUUUACUUGAAGGAGCUCAGUGGGAUGAUCGCUGCAAGGUCGACCAGACAUACUUGGCUUGGCUAGAGGCCCAGAUAGAGGAUUGGGACCAGAGGUAUGGCCUUAUUCUGUCAUACCCUCCACCUGACUGUUUGGACGGGGAGCAUGAGUACAUGGGUUGGUAUCGCAGUGUUACCCGACUUCUCAUCGGGAAUCCCGUUCAACGCGCUGGUGGUCGGUACGUUCCAUAUGCCGGGAGGCAUGAGGCGCUGUUGGGACUGCAAAUGCUACAUCAUACAGGUGAGGGAGCGGCAGUUGUGUACAAGCUUGGCCAUCGGGUUACUGAUCUUGCUGCUGACACAUUAAGAUGUGCCCAAGAGGAUGUACGCUUAGGAUAUGAGGCUGCUUAUGUGACGCCCGAGGAGUACCAUCAUGGGCCACAAGUGGCCUUUGAACGUAGUAGACGUGGCAGGCGUGGCCAGAGAGGAAUGAGCCCUCUGGAAAUUGGCUUCUUGGUCUUCCUGCCUAAUCAAGUCCAUUCGCCUCCUGAAUUUACACUGAAGCAUAAAGGAGAUUCUAUUUGUGACAAUCUUAGAUACUAUCUUGUUGGAGAAAUUGCUGAGACUGAUUGGUGCGAGCUGAGGAGCGCAGAUGCGGCCAAGAUUGGGGAGGACUAUGGUCGCAGGUGCGAGGGGAUUUCCGCACUUGCGUGGUCGCACGUGUGGCGUGAUGGGCGCAGAAGCGAAGUGUGUGCAGGUGCGAUGGGGAAUUCCGCACUUGCGAUUGCGUAG